GGCUUCCUUUGGCGUUGACUGUGCUUCUACUGGCGCAAAUAUGUGUGUCAGCUGGUCCUGUCCCCUUCAUGCCUCACAUGGCGCGCUGUGUAAAGCGAGGGGUCCGCAGCAGUGAGGGGGGGGGGGGUGUCCCUAGGGCAUGGGCAGUAGCGUGGCCAGCGAGGUCAACACCACCACCACCUCAGAGCAGAAGCAGGAAGCCACCAUGCGUAGCGUAGGAACCCGUACCACCCAGAACAGCCUGCCUCGGGCCCCUCCCCCACCACCCUCCUCUUCUUCUUCUUCCUCAUCAUCAUCCAACGCCACCUCGUCCAACCACCGGGGCUGGGGGGCUGGAUUAGAGGACCGUAGCUACAACUCGGACCACCCUUCCCAGCCUCCUCUUACCCACGCCAAAGGCAUCACGGCGGAUGAGCGCACCUUUGCACAGGAGAACUCUGCGUACUACAGCACUGACCGCCCUCCACCACAUGAGGGCGGAGACAGGAACAAAGGUGCUGCUCACAACAAUGUUAACCAGGUGGUGUCCAAUGGUAUACGGGCAGUUAGUAAUGGAAACCGGGCGGUGACAGCAGGGGGCAACGGCGACAGACAGGUGUCAAACUCUGCUUUUGUGAAUGGAGGGGCACGGAGUGACGGACGGGAUAUGCCCCGAGGGGCGUUGAGUUUGGAUAUAUGUGGGAACAAUGUGGUGAGCACAAACAAUGAUAAGAACAGCAGGCAGCACAUGGCGCAGUACAAGGAGGCUGGUGCCAGGGCUGGUGCCAAGCUGGACAACCACAACAACCCCUCUAACGUCCUGCCCAUGUCUGGGAAGCUGGAGCAGGUACAGAGCAACGAUGGACUGGUCCGACCCUCAGCCUUCAAGCCAGUGGUUCCCAAAAGCUUCCACUCCAUGCAGAACCUUGUGUGCCCUCCUCAGACUGGUGGGGGGGUUGGAGGGGGAGGAGGAGGCCACAGUGCAGGUGGUGGACCUCCAAGUAUGCCCGGUCCCCUUAGGAACACGGACAGCCCCGGGAGUCGAGGAGGCACAAGAGGUGGGGGAGGAGGUGGAAGAGGAGGAGGCCAGGGGUGCCUCUCUGACUCGGGAAGGAACUCUCUCACCAGCCUGCCUACAUACGCUGGCUCCAGCUCGGGCUAUGGCCCACCGCCGAUCCUGGGGCCCCUCAGCGCCUCCACCAGCCAUAUUAACAGGCUAGGGGCCACCGGAGCUCUAGAUAAAAUGGACAAGCCCGGGCCAGGCGGGGGCGGGGCCAGUGGCGGAGGGGGUGGUGGCUACCAAAAUGGACUGAGCGCCUCAGACAGUGGCCAUUCCUCCUCAGGGAAAAGCUCCUCAUCCUACCAGAGGAUGAGCCACCUGAGCGACGUUCCCGGACCACUACGCCCUUCCCCUUCCUCUGAUGAUGUCAUUCAAGACCUGGAGGAUAGGCUGUGGGAAAGAGAGCAAGAGGUGCUGCACAUGCGUCGUAACCUGGACCAGAGCGAGGCAGCCAUCGUCCAGGUGUUUGAGGAGAAACAGCGUGUUUGGGAGCGCCAGAUGGAUGAGCUAAGACAGAACUAUGCCUCCCGUCUACAGCAGGUUACACGGCGAGCACAGCGCUCCCAGAGUGCCCUGCAGGCCCAGAUCAGCCGUCUGUCGCAGGAAAAGCGAUGUCUACAAGAGGAGAUGGCCGCACUGCUGGCCCAGAGGGAGGAUCUUGAACGGAAGUGUCUAGAUUACAGGAAGGAGCAGGCCGACAUCCUGCCCCGCAUUGAAGAGACCAAGUGGGAGGUUUGCCAGAAGGCAGGGGAAAUCUCCCUUCUGAAGCAGCAGCUGCGGGAGAGCCAAGCGGAGGUGACCCAGCGGGCUGGCGAGAUGGUGGCCCUUCGGGGCCAGCUAAAGGAGCUCAACGUCCAGCUGAAGGAAAGGGAGGACGCCAUGCUGGGCCUUAAGGAUUCCUACACCAGCAAGACCCUAGAGCUGGAUAGGUGCGAGGUGGAGCUGCAGAAGACGCUGAAAGAGGUCUCCCUGCUUAGAGACAAGCUGGGUGUAUUUGAGGCAGAGGUGUUAGGGCUCAAGCAGGCUUUGGGGGAACUCAGCAUGGGUGGAGGUGGGGGAGUUGAGGCCAUUGGGGGAGGUAAAGGUGGGAGCAGGGGGACAUCCAGGACAAGGGGGGGGCUUCCCUCCCCACACAGCCCACAAGAGGCCUCUGCCUUCUCUUAUCCAGCACUCCCUCCACCUCCUGUUCCACCUCCAGAUGCCAUGCUAAGCCUCCAGAGUGAUGAGGCUAAAGCCUCAUGGGAAGAGGCAGUGGACCUGCGCAGGCAGCUCGAGCGCCUUCAGGGCGAGCUUCGUCUGGAACGGCAACAGCGCGAGCGGCAGGCACUCAACUUCAAGAAGGAGCGCCACACAUGGAUGGAUGAAAAGGAACGUGUGCUCAAAUACCAAGCGCAGCUGCAGCUUAGCUAUGUAGAGACGCUGCAGAAGAACCAGGCUCUGGAGCUCCGUGUGGGGCAACUGGGGGGCAGGCUCAGCACCUCUUCCUCCAUUGCCAACACCCACUCUACCUCCACCUCUUCGCCACCCCCAGGACUGGCUCUGGGCCCCAUUCCCCUGCCUGCCCCUGCCACCCCUUUGCCCACCCUCUCUUUGUCCCUCUCCCCACCUCCCAUCACUCCCGAGGACAAAAAGCCCCCCUCCCUCCACCAGCUGGCUCCUCCCUGGCCUGUUUCCACCCGUCUGGAGAGGAUAGAAUCCACCGAGAUCUAA